CCUUCCCUCCCCACCCGCAACCCAAAGCCGCCAUUGCAGCCAUGACGCCUCCCUUCCUCGCCGCCUCAGGCCCCGACGACUACGCGUUCGUCCGCUGCGCCUCCGGCUGCGACUCCUGGGCCCCCCACCACGUCCGCCUCGACGGCGACUCGUAUCGCCUCUGCUCCUCCUGCGUCCUCCUCUCCAACCCCGAGGCCUACUGCUCCGCCUGCCUCCUCCUCCUCUUUCCCGGCGCCUACGCCGCCUCCUCCCGUGAAGCCCACGUCGACUUCUCGCCAGGCUCCACCGCCGCCUGCUCCAACUGCGGCGUCUUCGUCGCUCACCUCUCCUGCAUCGCGGACCCCUACUCCUUCAUCUGCCCGCCGUGCGCCGCCGCCGUCGACAACGUGCCCUUCUCGUACGAUCUCGCGGGAGCGGGGCGGCGCGCGCUGGAGGGGCGCUCCGCGCGCGUCCUCCUCACCGCGGCGCUGCUUUCGCACGAGUCCGCCUUGCACGACGCCGCCGCGGCCCGCGAGAAGGCGGAGCGUAGCGUACAGGAGGCUGCGGCCGCCCGGAGGCUAGCGCGCGACAUGCUAGACGCCGCGUUUCGCGCCGCUGAGGCGGAGGUCUACAGGGACGCCAAGGAGCAGGCCACGCCGUCCGCGCCCGCAGUCGUGCAGCUCAAGAAGAAGACGCCUAAUACCAACGGGCACAAGAGGAAGACCCCCAAGAGCAACGAUGCCAACAGGGAGAGGGACAGGCUGCUCAAGUUCAACGACAUGCAGCAGCCGUCGCUGGCGUUUGCCGCGGCUGCGGCGGCCGCAGCCAGCUCAAUGCCAUCGCCGAUGCCAUCAUCAAGACUGAACCAGAGUCAAGUGAAACAGGAAGCCAUGCCAUUGCCGAUGCCGUCAUCGAGAUUGGACCGCGGAGGUUCAGCAGACAGAGCGGCGAAAGAUGAUUACAGGGCACUCUUCGGCACCUUGCAAUAGUGAGAUUGGAGGGUUCCAUUAUCAUUGUCCUGCAGCAUUUGGUUCCAGCAAUUUAAGGAAUGAAAAGUUCCAGGGUUAAAGAAUCCCCAUCAAGUGUGAAUUCCUCUCACUGUAAAUUCUAGUCUUGAGGAUAUGUUAGCCGAUCGUAUCUACACGACUGUUUUCAUCUUAUAUAGCUGCUCUGCAUACUGUAUCAGUUUGUUAUUAAUAGAAGUAAAAAAUGUUGCUCGUGGAUAAUAGUUGCUCUCAUGAAUGCGAGAAAGAUCCGUGCUGCUAGAAUGGAACCUAUAUUU